AUACUUUUUUUACUUUUGUUUAAAUUCUAGGAAUGAAAGCUCUCCAAAUAUGAAAGUAUUUAAAAACUAUAUUAUAGAUGAUACAAUAAUAGUGUAAUAGAUCCAAUUAUAUAUAUCAAAUAUAUGAAUAAAAACCUUGACAAUAAUAAAUUAGCUUGAAGGUACGGAAAAAUGAUGAAGAUGAUGACGAAUAAUCCCACUGGUUGUUGUUAUAUUGGGUUGUUCCAUUUUCGAAAAGACAGUAGAAAUGGAAGGCGAGAGAUGAAAGGGAGGUUUGAAGGAAGGUAAACGGAUAGGCUGACAUAGGAUUUAGCGAGUGGCAUGGAGGGAGGGACACUGUGAUGGGACCACAAAGUAAAAGCAAAAGCAUCUCUUUGAUACGAGCAGGCAAAGGAUUCCAUGCUUCUAAGUUCCAACAAACAAAACAACCUGCGAGGAGGUGUCCUAAACUCUCUCUCUCUCUCUCUCUCUCUCUCCCCAUAACUAGGACUAGGAUAUAGGAAUAGGAUCCAGUCGAUCAUCGAAACUAGUUAUGCCUGCUUUUACUUCUCUUUUGUCGUUUAUAUGCCCCUUUGACUCCCCCUCUAACUGUACGCUCCCGCCCACUACUUCUUCUUUACCUUUUUUAUUUUAUUUUUAAUUUUUUCAUUAACGUAGAUAUAGAUGUUAAAUACUCUAUAUAUGCUAACAUUCAUUCCCUUUCUUUCAUCUUUCUAGCUUCUUUGUAAUAAGUUGUAACUCAGAUUCUCUCUUCUCUCGCCACAAAAUUAAACCUCUCUUUCUGGGCUCAACAUUAUUAUAUGCUUUCUUCCAAAUUCCCAGCAGUCUGUUCAUUCUGAGACAGCCAUGUCUCUCUACCACCCCACCAACCUUAGGUGUUGCACUUCUUCCGCAUCAGCUUCUCCAAAUGGAAGAUCAACCAUAGCUGAAAAUCGAAACGCUGCAGUCUUGAGCUUUGAGGGGACUAAAAAUAGAAUUAAGAAGAUGUUCAAUAAGGUUGAACUUUCUGUUUCCUCAUAUGACACUGCCUGGGUUGCAAUGAUCCCUUCUCUGAACUCCCCUCAGAACCCUUUCUUCCCUGAAUGCUUAAAUUGGUUACUGGAUAAUCAACUCAGUGAUGGUUCAUGGGGUCUUUCGCACCAUGAUCCUUUGUUCAUCAAAGAUGCUAUCUUAUCAACCUUGGCAAGUGUCCUUGCACUAAAGCGUUGGAAUGUUGGCCAAGAACAAAUUAACAAGGGCCUAUAUUUUGUUGAGUCUAAUCUAGCUUCAGCUACUGAUGAUAAACAACAUUCUCCAAUUGGAUUUGAUAUAAUAUUACCUGCUAUGAUUGAAUAUGCUACAAGUUUGGAUCUGAAUUUUCCCAUUGAACCUGCAAAGUUGGAUGCUGUGGUUCAUAAUAGAGAGUUGAAGCUUAAGAGAGCCUGGGAAAGAAACUCAGAAGGGGAUAAAGCAUACUUGGCAUAUAUUUUAGAAGGAAUGGGAAAUCUACAGGAUUGGGAAAUGGCCAAGAAGUACCAAAGAAAGAAUGGUUCCCUGUUCAAUUCACCAUCUGCAACAGCAGCUGCUUUUACCAAUUUUAAGAAUGGUGGUUGUCUCAAGUACCUCUGCUCUGUCUUAGAGAAGUUUGGGAAUGCAGUUCCGACGGUUUAUCCUCUAGAUAUAUAUGCUCGUCUUUGUAUGGUUGACAGUCUUGAAAGGUUGGGAAUUGAUCGGCAUUUCAGAGAGGAAAUUAAAACUGUGCUGGACGAAACAUACAGAUGCUGGUUGCUGGAGGAUGAGAAUAUAUUCUUGGAUUCUGUCACUUGUGCUAUGGCAUUUCGCAUAUUGCGUCUCAAUGGAUAUGAUGUUUCUUCAGAACCAUUAACUCAAUUUUCAGAGGAUCAUAUUUUCAAUUACCUCGGAGGACAUAUGAAGGAUAUUAGCACAAUCUUAGAAUUGUAUAGGGCAUCACAAUUCAUCAUACAUCCAAAUGAAUCAAUCUUGGAGAAACAAAAUUUCUGGACGAGUCAUUUUCUAAAACAAGAACUAUCUAAUGGUUCAAUCAGGGCAGAUAAGCUCAACAAAUAUAUUGGACAAGAGGUAACUGAAGCUCUUAAGUUUCCUUUCUAUGCCAACUUGGAACGGUUAUCAAGCAGGAAAGCCAUAGAACAUUAUAACAUUGAUAGUACAAGAAUUCUUAAAACUUCAUAUAGUUCUUUGAAUAUUCGAAAUGAAUAUUUUCUUAAGUUAGCAGUGGAAGACUUCAACACCUGCCAAUCAAUACAACAAACGGAACUCCAAAUUCUUGCAAGGUGGAUAGUAGAGAACAAAUUAGACGAGCUAAAUUUUGCAAGGCAGAAGCUAGCUUACUGUUACUUUUCAGCUGCCGCAACUCUUUUUGCUCCUGAAUUAUAUGAUGCUCGCAUAUCAUGGGCUAAAAACGGGGUUCUCACAACAGUUGUAGAUGAUUUCUUUGACGUUGGAGGUUCAGAAGAGGAACUACUAAACCUCAUACAAUUGGUUGAGAAGUGGGAUGUAAAUGUCACUGUUGAAUGUUGCUCUGAGAAUGUUAAAAUUAUCUUUUUAGCGCUUCAUGGCGCAAUUUCUGAUAUAGGAGCCCAAGCAUCCAUGUGGCAAGGGCGUGAUGUGAAAUAUCACAUAAUUGAAAUUUGGCUGGAUUUGCUCAAGUCUAUGUUGAAGGAAGCUGAGUGGCUGAAACACAAGUCAACGCCAACAAUGGAUGAGUAUAUGACAAAUGGUUAUGUAUCAUUUGCCUUGGGGCCAAUUGUCCUCCCAGCUCUUUACUUGGUUGGGCCUAAGCUUUCUGAGGAGGUUGUUAGACAUUCCGAGUUUCAUAAUCUAUAUAAACUCAUGAGCACCGGCGGACGUCUUCUCAAUGAUAUCCACAGCUUUAAGAGAGAAUCUGAGGAAGGGAAAUUAAAUGCUGUAUCAUUGGCAAUGAUUCAGAGUAAUGGUAAUGCAACUGAAGAAGAAUGCAUCAAGGGGAUGAAGAGUGUUAUAAGCAGUAAGAGGAGAGAACUACUGAGAUUAGUUUUGCAGGAGAAGGGUUGUGUAGUUCCCAGAGCUUGCAAAGAUUUGUUUUGGAAAAUGAGCAAAGUGUUGCACCUUUUCUAUGCCAAGGAUGAUGGAUUUACCUCUCAUGAGAUGGCCAAUGCUGUAAAUGCUGUAAUUCGUGAUCCUCUACUUCUAACUGAAUCUUAAGCAGAAAAUAUAUGCAAUACCAUGUUGAAUAAGUUUUGGCUUUGGUGCCAUGGAUGGAGAGGAUGUGUCCAAAUUUGGUGGUGAAUUGGUAAUGCCAGAAUUGGGUUAUCUAUGCCACCUUAUAGCUUUAGCAAAAUUAUGAAAGAAAAACUAGGAUUUUUUUUUUUUUUGGCUUUUCGCUGGGUUGUGGGAAUGAUUGUAAUUAUGGUAAGAUGUAUCCUGGUUUCUAAGGUAUCCGAGGAAGAGAAAUAAAUAUGACUGGGUGACAUGAGAUAUAUUUAUGCAAUAUAAAUAGGGAGUGGCUUAUUCUUCUAAUUUAUAUGGAUCUUCCAUAAUUAUCUUUGUUACAAAAUACAAUUUAUUUGCUGGUUAAGAAUAAAUCUUUGAUUAUUGAAUCUUA